AUGUCCCCAAGAGGAGCACCAGCGGGCAAAGCUGCCAAGCCCCAGGACCGGGGAUGGGCAUGGAUGGUCCUGCUCGCCGCAGUGCUGCUGCAGGGGCUGACGCUGGGCUUCCCCUCCUGCAUUGGUGUCUUCUUCACGGACCUCCAGCACGAGUUCCAAGCCAGCAAUAGCGAGACGUCGUGGUUCCCGUCCAUCAUGGUGGCUGUGCUGCACGGAGGCGGGCCCCUCUGCAGCAUCCUGGUGAAGCGGUUUGGCUGCAGGUUUGUUGUGAUGCUGGGAGGCCUGCUCAGCGGCGUGGGCAUGGUGUCCAGCUCCUUCUGCGAGUCCAUCAGCCAGCUUUACCUAACGGCUGGCCUCAUCACCGGUCUGGGAUCAUGUUUCAGCUUCCAGGCUGGAGUGACCGUGCUGGGCUACUACUUUGUACGGUGGCGAACGCUGGCCAAUGCCAUGGCGUCCACUGGCGUCUCCCUGGGUUUCACACUGUGGCCGCUGCUUUCUCAAUACUUGCUGGAUGAGAUGGGCUGGAGAAACACUUUCCUCAUCUUUGGAGGAAUAUUACUGAACUGCUGUGUUUGUGGAGCCAUUAUGAGACCGGUACAACUUGAAUCAGGGUCACCACUACAGUCACUCAAGCCUGCAGAGGAGCCAGAGAGGAGAGAAGAAGAGGCACAACUAUCCAAUGGAACAUCUCCCUACCCUGAGCUCCAGCAGAAAACCAGGAAGACAGCAUGCUUCCAUAUGCUGCAGAAGUACCUGGCUUUUGACAUCUUCUGUCAAAACAAAGGCUACCAGAUUUACACAAUUGGAGUGACCUGGAUGAUGAUGGGGUUUGCCCUACCCCACGUCUACCUUGUGCCUUACGCCAUCCAGAACGGGGUGGAAGAACGCAGGGCAGCCCUCCUCAUCUCCAUUAUCGGAUUCAUCAACAUCUUCAUACGCCCUUUGACAGGGCUGCUCUCAGGACACAGUGCCUUCACAGGGAGACGCAUCUACCUGUUCAGCCUGGCUGUCCUCCUCUGCGGGCUGAGCAACUUCAUUUGUGUCAUUUCAGCUGAGUUCAGCGUGCUCAUCGUCUACUGCGUCAUCCUCAGUAUAGCCAUGAGCGGCAUCGGGGCACUCCUCUUCCAGGUGCUGAUGGAUGUGGUGGAGAUGGACAGGUUCUCAAGUGCUCUAGGGCUCUUCACCAUCCUUGAGAGUAUCACGCUCCUCAUCGGACCCCCUCUCACAGGUCUCCUGGUGGACAUAACCAGUGAUUUCCACUAUGUCUUCUACAACUCCAGUUUCUUCCUGAUAUCAGCGGCGUUGUUCAUGGGGCUCAGCUUCUGCGCUCUGGAAAAAAAAGCCGAAGUGAAAGAGGCUUCAAAAGUACCUUUGGGUAAUGCCUCCAGAUACCAAUAUAGUGAAAUGCCAGCUGAACCCCAGCCUGAAAGUCAGUCCCCUCCCGCAGUCGUGUACAUCACAAGCAUAUGA